AUGGAUGAGGCUAUCGAGCAGCUCCUAGAAUGGUCUACUUCGAUAGGAGUCGAGCUGAAUGGCAUUCACCCAAAAGCCCUCCACGGACGAGGUAUUGGUAUUGUUGCUACCCGGCACCUAGAGGCUGAUGAAGUUAUCCUUAAAGUACCUAUACCUGCUUUGCGCACUCUCAGCAACACUCCAAAAGACAUCAUCAAGAAACUGAGCGGUGCAUCUGGUCACAGCAUCCUUGCGGUUUCUCUCUGUCUAGAUGAUGGCACUGCCACCAACAAAUGGACUCCCGUUUUCCCUUCUCGGCAAGACAUUGCCUCGAGUCUGCCUAUCUGCUGGCCGGCUAAGCUGCGCUCUCUGUUGCCCACAGGAGCCAAGACUUUACUCUCAGCUCAACAGGAAAAAUUCAACAAGGACUGGGCCAUCGUGACGGCAGCGUAUCCAGAACUUCACAAAGAUGACUAUCUGUACAGCUGGCUCCUUAUAAACACCCGAACUUUCUACUACACAGAUCGUGGUACAGACAAGCUGCCCAGAGAAGACCGCAUGGCCCUCCAGCCCGUGGCGGACCUUUUCAAUCACACGCCCGAGGGCUAUUGCGUCGCCAAUUUUGACGACAAGUUCUUCACUUUUACCACCACGCGCACACACCAGCCUGGCGAAGAAGUAUUCAUCCGCUACGGGCCUCAUGCUAACGACAAGCUGCUUGUGGAGUAUGGCUUCACGCUGCCGUCGUCCGUGAACCCUUGGGAUGAAACAUGCCUCGAUUCAUACAUCUGCCCUUCCAUGACCGUUGACCAGAGAGACCGCCUGGAGGCUGUCGGUUUCUGGGGGAAGUACAUGCUCGACUCCCAAACGGCAUGCUACCGCACAUAUGUUGCGUUGCGGAUGCUCUACCUUCCACUUAACAAGUGGCAAGACAUCCUAGACGGGACUAGGGAUGAAGACGAGGACAGCCAUAUCAUAGACGGGGCAAUGCUAAAAAUACUAACCAAGUACGACAGCGACAUCACCAGCGCUCUGGAGCAGCUGGGGCAGCUCGAGGGCAGCUCCGUUGGCGACGAGGAAAUGAGAGGAAUUCUCACAGACCGAUGGCUCCAGAUUAAGCAUCUGGUGGCACAAGGCAAAUUGCGGUUGCAAAGCUAGCACCGACAGAGUCGUCCCCUACCUCACCAUCCCUUUCCUCCGUCGCUGAUUGAAUCAGCACCCUAUCAAUCACCUGUACACACGCGCGCACAAAGCCAUCAUGAUGCCCUUUGUUGGUUUUUCCUUUUGCUUGAUCAUCAAAUUGUUUUGCUCUUUUGAACCAUACCAUGUUCCAUCCUGUUUUUGUUCCCUUCCCUCCCUUUCCUGGCAUGCAAUAAACAAAGGAGAGAAUAGAAAGCAAAGAGCCUAAAGACAAGAGAAAGAAAAGAAAAAAUUACAAAAUUUCCACAAAAUGCUCUCUGACUCCUGACGUCUUAACAACCCAGCGUUUGUUCUAUUAUACACUGUCGAAAAAAAAAACAAUUCCCUUCCUGAUGCAAACUAACAAGAUAUUUUCCCAACGUCCGUCAAAAGCAAUGGGGCAAGUGUUCCCUUCCUGUUCCCCUAAUACAAUCAAAUCAAAUCC